CUAUAAACUAACUUUACAAAAUGGUCAGUGAAAUGGACUAUAGCGUUUUGGUAUCUAACGUUGUUAAUGAGAACCGUUACAAGCAUUGCAGGUUAUGCCUGAAAGGUAUUGAAGGAAAUUUAGUUUGUUUUGACGACGGUGUGUCUCUUGAUGUGGAAUAUCAUAUAUUUCAUCCACUAUCUGAAAUUCUACGUGGUUUGUUCGGACCUGAGGUCUGCGAAGAAAUACCAGGCAUAGACGCAGUGUGUCCACAAUGUGUAGAAAAAGCUCUAGAGUCAUACAAGUUUAUUGAACAGUGCAAAAACUCUACAAAUGUGCUAUAUCAGAUAUUUGACAAUGUUACAGAGGCUUUGAAUGUUGAUAUAGAGCAAACAGAUGAAAGCCAGAGUUUGUAUGUUGUUGUGGGAAAAGAUGAGUCAAAACUUGUUCUGAUGGACAAGCAAAAUGAAAAAGAGACAAACACAUCAAAAGCUGUAAAGCAAAACAUACUUGCAUGUGAACACUGCAAUAUUGUUAUGGCGAGCAUUGAUGAGUUAACCACACACAAUCUCAGCUGUCAUGAUACUUUUACAUGCGAAAAGUGUCAACAGUGUUUUGUUGAUCACAAUGAAUUGGAGUUGCAUGAACAAAGUGGCCAUUUGUAUAAAUGCUCUAGUUGUAACCUGUACAAAAAUACUGAGGACAGUUUGAAAGAACAUCAAGAGAAGAUUCACACUACUUUUAUCUGCAAAGAGUGUGGUAAAACCUGCAAAGGAUUAGAUAGAUUGCAAGCUCACGAGGCUAAACACACAUGCAAAUGCAUGUGUCCAAAAUGUGGCAAGACCUAUAUUACAAAAGAUUAUUAUAAUAAACAUGUAAAACUAUGUAUGGAGGACCAACUUGAUCCUCACCCUUAUAGGGGGAAAAUUAAAAAAUCAUACUUUUGUGAGAAAUGUGGUAAAGGGUACAGUACAUCAGGAGGGCUUAGGGUACAUGAGAGAUUUGUGCAUGGCAAUGCUCAACCACAUGUGUGUGAACACUGUGGAAAGAAAUUCACAGCUCCAAGCUACUUAAAGAUUCAUAUGGUCACUCAUACUGGGGAGAAAAAGUUUAAAUGUGAUCUUUGUGGCAAUAAUUUUGUUUCUAAAGAGGCCUUGCUAUACCAUACACGAAGACACACUGGUGAAAGGCCCUACUCAUGUAAAUUAUGUGAUGAGAAAUUUGUUAAUGCUUCAGCAAGAGCUGAGCAUAUGAAAUUUAAGCAUAACGGCCCGACUUUGCCUUGUGAGAUUUGUAAGAGGAAAUUCUUUACAGCCAGCUUCUUGAGACAACAUAUGAGUAGACAUAAUGAUCCUUCUAGUAAGUUGUAUGCUGGUAGGAGUGCAAUCCCUCCAAACAUUCCGGGAAAGCCUAAUAUGAGGACAAAGUCAGAAUAUGAUAGUAAUGAUAUUGAGGAACAGAAGCAACAGUCUAAAGUUUCUUACGAAUCAAUUGUAGAAAAUGAAAAUUCAUCUCCUUCAGAUUAGUAAUGGCAUAUUUCAUUUUCAUGCAUUUAAUCUUUGUGUUCUAUUUACUUC